AUGGCGAAAUCAUUAGAUCGGAGUAAAGGUGUCAAUAAACGGUUGUUUGAAAGCAGUUCGAGUGAAAGUGACAUCUUUGGAGAUGACAGUGAUGCAGAUCCAGAUUUUAUUCUCCCAACUUCAUCAGAAGAAGAGGGUUAUAAUGUAGUUGCAAGACGGCCACAAAAUCCAGCAGCGCAUCCUGGAUCUUCCAAAGCUACCAGUAGGUCACCACAUCCUACUCCAGAAAAGGCAUUACCAUCUCGUUGGAGAAAAAGAGGUCAGUCAAGCAAGGAACGAAACAAGGAAAGAAGAAAUGAAGGUUACUUCAUCACAAUAACACAGCUACAACAGGCUUGCAAGAUCUCCCCAGGAACAAAUACUUCAAAAUAUUCAGUGCAAAGAGACUCUAAACGGCUACGCACUAAGAAUGUAACCAUGAAACUCUUACUUCUAUCUGCCCUGGUGGCCGUCGCCCUCUCCCAUCCUCUGGAAGUGUCCGAGGAAGAUCAUGCUCAAUGGGAACUGUUCAAGGUGGCUCACGAAAGGGAAUACGAUACACCAGAGGAAGAACUGAACAGAAAGAACAUUUUCCUGGAAAACCUGCAGUUUGUGCGAGAGCACAAUGAAAAGUUUGAAAAUGGCGAAGUUUCUUUUGAUGUUGAAAUCAAUAAAUUUUCUGAUAUGACCACCGAGGAGUUCGUGACCAUGAUGAAUGGCUACAAGCGCACAGAGGGACACGAAAGGACUGGAGAUGCUUUCGACGCCUCAGAGAACGUCACGCUUCCUAAGAAUGUGGACUGGAGGAAGAAAGGAGCUGUCACUAAAGUUAAGGACCAAGGACACUGCGGAGCUAGCUGGACAUUCAGUGCUACUGGAAGUCUCGAGGGACAACACUACCUGAAGACUAAGAAGCUGGUGUCACUCAGUGAACAGAAUCUUAUGGACUGCUCAGUUGCUCAAGGAAACAGUGGAUGUCGCGGUGGUCUUGCUGGUAAUGCUUUCAUUUACAUACAAAAGAACAAAGGUAUUGACACAGAGGCAUCUUACCCCUACGAGGCUAAGAAACACAAAUGCCGCUACAACCCCAAGAACAAAGGAGCCACCGACAAUGGAUAUGUUGGCAUCACCUCAUUCAGCGAGCCAGCUCUGCAGAAGGCUGUGGCCACGGUUGGGCCGAUCUCAGUCGCCAUUGAUGCUAGCCACACUUCCUUUAAACACUACAAGAGUGGAGUGUACCAGCAAGCUGGCUGCUCUACUAUGGUUCUAGGCCAAGCUGUUCUGGCUGUUGGGUACGGCACAGCCAAGAAAGGCGGCGAUUACUGGCUGGUGAAGAACUCUUGGGGAACUGGCUGGGGCAUGAACGGCUACGUCAUGAUGGCCAGAAACCAGAACAACAUGUGUGGCAUUGCCAGCAUGGGCUGUUAUCCCAAAGUUUAA